CUAGACUCGGCCCCACCACCCCACUAGGCACGUGACCCAAAGGCGCAAUCCCGGUGGGCGCCCACAGAUUGGGAUUCUGUGCAGCACCUAUCGAAAAUCCGCAGCGUUCUCGCGAUCUUGCCUCCCCUCCAUUCAAACCAACGCCCAAAUCACCGAACAUCUACGCCCAGCACCGUCGACGUUCACAUUCAAAAUGGUCAACAUCCCGAAGACGCGCCGGACGUACUGCGCCGGAAAGGAGUGCAAGAAGCACACCAACCACCGUGUGACCCAGUACAAGGCUGGCAAGGCCUCUUCUUUUGCCCAGGGAAAGCGCCGAUACGACCGCAAGCAGUCCGGAUACGGUGGUCAGACCAAGCCCGUCUUCCACAAGAAGGCAAAGACCACCAAGAAGAUUGUGUUGAGACUGGAGUGCACCGUUUGCAAGACCAAGUGCCAGCUGCCGAUCAAGCGAUGCAAGCACUUCGAGCUUGGUGGUGACAAGAAGACCAAGGGCGCUGCGCUCGUUUUCUAAGCAUGUCUUUCUUCGAAUUUGUGAGCAUUUUUGGGCUUUGGUCAUGACACGAGAACCGAGCACGAUAUAUUCCCGGGCCGCCCCCUCUGCGAUGACGAUUCUACGGACUCGAAGUUCAACGGGCUGGAGAUGCCAGAGAUGCAUUUCGGAUUUAUUCCACACGUGGGGGCAUGGCUGUCAUACCGGAGAUAAAAAAGGAUGACGGUGGUUCAUUAGGCGUUUGAGGGCUUGCUUAGGACGGCGGAAUACAAAAACGAACUCGAGUUUCACACCAUGCCUUCGUUGGUUUACUUGAUCGUCACGCGAUGAUGAUGUUUUUUUCAAUCCCUCACAGAGACUACAGGUUUCUGGGAUGCUGUAGGAAUUUUUUUCUGGCCGUGGUAGAUUGUGGCGGCCAGCCCAAGACUGCUGUGACUCGAAUUUCGUAAACUUGCUCCAUGGUGGCUGUGCGGAUAUCACCAGUCUCGGAGAGUCUUCCAAGUGCUCAAUGGCAUGGUGGACAUGGC